CUCCACUGGGGCGCGGCCGCGGCUCCCCAGGCUCCACGCCGCGCCCGGGCGCACACGCGCGCCCUGACCGCGGAGGCUCCCUGCCCUCGCGCAACUGUCAGGCGGCGCGGGCCGGCUCACACUGGCGCGGCGACACGCCGAGGCUCCUCCCCGAGUCUGGAUCUUUAUAUUUUGGGAGAAUUUCUUUGAACUCAGUUAGCGAGCGCCGUGGAGGAGGCAAGUUCCCACCGCCGGCCGCGCGGACGGAGGGCGCGUGGGGCGCCGCGAGGGCUCGCCCACCUUCCCGCGCUGCAGUGCCCAGGCUGUCCCUCUGUGCCCUCCAGAGAACCGAGCGACUUGGCUGAGGGCGAUGCCAGUGAUCUGGAUGUGACCGUGACAAGCGAACGUGCGACUGGAGGAGGCAGAAGGGGAUGAAGAAAAGCAUUAUUUGGAGAGAAGAAUAAACCAGCUACUCCAGCCCUUUCUGCAAAUUGGUGCUAUUACUUCUGGGGUCCAUUUGCUUUUAUUCUUCUGAACCCCCAAUUAGGAAAUCUUGACUUGAGGGCCACGAGACGGCCCCCCUGCAGCGGGGGAGGGGCGGGGGCGCGUCUGGGCCGCAGAUCUUUUGGAUGUAGCAUCAGCGAGACAUUUACGCGCUCUCCUCUGCAAAAGCCACCAUGAAUUCAGUAGCUGGGAAUAAAGAGAGGCUUGCGGUCUCCAGCAGGGGCAAGAAAUACGGGGUGAACGAAGGCUGCUCGCCCACCAACCCCGCGGCGCCCUUCUCCCCCGAAAGCUGGUAUCGGAAAGCCUACGAAGAGUCGCGCGCGGGGAGCCGGCCCACCCCCGAGGGCGCGGGCUCGGCGCUCGGCUCGUCGGGGACCCCGUCUCCCGGCUCGGGCACCUCAUCCCCGAGCUCCUUCACUGGCUCUCCGGGGCCCGCGUCCCCGGGCAUCGGCACCAGCUCCCCGGGCUCCCUGGGCGGCUCGCCGGGCUUCGGCACGGGCUCCCCCGGCUCCGGGAGCGGCGGCGGCUCCUCCCCCGGCUCGGACCGUGGCGUCUGGUGCGAGAACUGCAACGCCCGACUGGUGGAGCUGAAGAGGCAGGCACUCAAGCUGCUUCUCCCGGGGCCCUUCCCUGGCAAGGACCCUGCUUUCUCCGCUGUGAUUCAUGAGAAACUCCAGGUCCCCAACACCAUCCGAAAGGCCUGGAAUGACCGAGAUAACCGCUGUGACAUUUGUGCCACACACCUGAACCAGCUGAAGCAGGAAGCCAUCCAGAUGGUGCUGACGUUGGAGCAGGCAGCUGGCAGUGAGCACUACAGUGCCUCACCUGGAUCACCCCCUCCGCUGUCCAACAUGCCCACCCUGGUAGGGUCCCGGCACGUGAGUGGUGGGCUCCAGCAGCCCAGGGAUUGGGCCUUUGUGCCUGCCGCCUAUGCCACCUCCAACUACACAGGCCUUGUCAACAAGCACAGCAGCAAACCCAGCAGCCUUGGAGUCAGCAAUGGGGCAGAAAAAAAGAGUGGGUCCCCCACCCACCAGCCCAAGGUCAGCCUCCAGAUGGCCACCAGUCCCAGCAAUGGGAAUAUCCCCAAUGCUGUGGCCAUUCAGGCCCACCAAUACCUGGAUGGCACCUGGUCUCUUUCAAGAACCAAUGGAGUCACGCUGUAUCCCUACCAGAUCUCCCAGCUGAUGACCGAGAGUGUCCGCGAGGGACUGACGGAGGUGGCGCUGAACCGCUACAAUGCAGACAAGCCUGCGGCCUGCGGUGUCCCAGCCUCGCAGGGCUCCUGUGUGGCCAGUGAGAGCUCCACGGGGACCUCGGUGGCCGCGUCCUUCUUCGCACGAGCUGCCCAGAAGUUAAAUCUGUCUUCCAAAAAGAAGAAGCAUAGACCUUCCACUUCUUCUGUUUUGGAAACACCGCUCUUUGCUACCAGCUUCAGUGGGAUUCUGCAGGCCUCCCCUCCCCCGGCCCCGCCCUGUCUGCUGAGGGCCAUCAACAAGGUGAAGGACACGCCAGGCCUGGGCAAGGUCAAAGUCAUGCUUCGAAUUUGUUCCACUUUGGCUCGUGAUACCUCAGAAUCCAGCUCUUUCUUAAAGGUGGACCCACGGAAGAAGCAGAUCACCUUGUAUGACCCCCUGACUUGUGGAGGUCAAAAUGCCUUUCAGAAAAGAAGUAACCAGGUUCCUCCUAAGAUGUUUGCCUUUGAUGCAGUUUUUCCACAGGAUGCUUCUCAGGCUGAAGUGUGCGCUGGGACCGUGGCAGAGGUGAUCCAGUCUGUGGUCAACGGAGCGGAUGGCUGUGUGUUCUGUUUUGGCCAUGCCAAGCUGGGAAAAUCGUAUACCAUGAUUGGGAAGGAUGAUUCCAUGCAGAACCUGGGCAUCAUUCCCUGCGCCAUCUCUUGGCUCUUCAAACUGAUCAAUGAACGGAAAGAAAAGACCGGGGCCCGUUUCUCAGUCCGGAUCUCAGCCGUGGAGGUGUGGGGGAAAGAAGAGAACCUGCGGGACCUGCUGUCUGAGGUGGCCACGGGCAGCCUGCAGGAUGGCCAGUCCCCAGGCGUGUACCUCUGUGAAGACCCCAUCUGUGGCACACAGCUUCAGAACCAGAGCGAGCUGCGGGCUCCCACUGCAGAGAAGGCUGCCUUUUUCCUGGACGCUGCCAUUGCCUCUCGUAGGAGCAACCAGCAGGACUGCGACGAAGAUGACCACCGCAACUCCCACAUGCUCUUCACACUGCACAUCUACCAGUACCGGAUGGAGAAGACUGGGAAAGGCGGAAUGUCUGGAGGUCGCAGCCGCCUGCAUCUCAUUGAUCUCGGCAGCUGUGUGAAAGCUCUUAGCAAAAAUCGAGAAGGAGGCACAGGGCUGUGCCUCUCACUGUCUGCUCUGGGCAAUGUUAUCCUGGCUCUCGUCAAUGGCAGCAAACACAUCCCCUACAAAGAGAGCAAGCUCACCAUGCUGCUGCGAGAGUCUCUGGGGAACAUGAACUGUCGCACCACCAUGAUUGCUCACAUCUCUGCCGCGGCCGGGAGCUAUGCGGAAACCCUGUCCACCCUCCAGAUCGCAUCGAGGGUCUUAAGGAUGAAGAAGAAGAAGACGAAGUACACAUCCAGCUCCUCUGGCGGAGAAAGCUCCUGUGAAGAAGGCAGGAUGCGCAGGCCCACUCAGCUGAGGCCCUUCCACACCAGGGCCACGGUGGACCCAGACUUCCCCAGCCCUCACCUGCCCAGCGACCCCGACUACUCCUCCAGCAGUGAGCAGUCCUGUGACACAGUCAUCUACAUUGGGCCCAACGGCACAGCCCUGUCCGACAAGGAGCUCACCGACAAUGAGGGUCCCCCAGACUUCGUCCCCAUUGUGCCAGCGCUGCAGAGGACCAGAACUGACAGCCGGCCUGUGGAGGCCGGAGAGGCAGCGGCUAGCAAAUCGGAAAGAGACUGCUUGAAAUGCAACACAUUUGCUGAGCUGCAGGAGCGGCUGGACUGCAUUGACGGCAGCGAAGAGCCCAGUAAGUUCCCUUUUGAAGAGCUGCCUGCCCAGCUUGGGGCAGAACAGGCCAGCAGAUGCCCCCUGUUAAGCCAAGCAGCCGGGGCACACCCGCUUUCUGAGUCCGAUAAGGAAGAAGACAGGUCAGACGGCCAGCCGACUGACCGCGAAGGCACGGCCGCCCCGGCCGCCGAGGAGCAGCGGGAUUGCUCCCCAGUGCCCACUCCCGCCCGCUGCAGCAGCCCUGCCCCGGCCUCGCCCCGGAGUGUCCCAGGCAGCAGCAGCCAGCACAGCACCUGCCAGCUUGUGCAGAGCCCCAGCCUCCAGAGCAGCCGCGAGAGCCUGAACUCCUGCGGCUUCAUGGAAGGCAAGCCCAGGCCCAUGGGCUCCCCGCGCCUGGGCAUCGCCAGCCUGUCCAAGACCUCUGAGUACAAACCCCCCAGCUCCCCUUCACAGAGGUGCAAAGUCUACACCCAGAAGGGGGUCCUGCCGUCCUCCGCCCCGCUGCCACCCUUGAGCAAGGACUCCGGCAUGGUCUCCAGUGAGUCCUUGCUGCAGCCUGAGGUCCGUACCCCGCCGGUGGGAAUGAGCCCCCAGGUUCUGAAGAAAUCCAUGUCUGGAGGGAGAGAGGGCUUUGCGGAGACCCCUGCUGAGGACGGGCGCCAGGCAUCUUCUCCUCCAGACUCCAAGAAGGAGAUCCUGAGCACCACGAUGGUGACUGUGCAGCAGCCACUGGAGCUGAACGGCGAGGACGAGCUGGUGUUCACGCUGGUGGAGGAGCUGACCAUCAGCGGGGUCCUGGACAGCGGCCGCCCCACCAGCAUCAUCAGCUUCAACAGUGACUGCUCUGUGCAGGCCUUGGCCUCAGGCUCGCGUCCCGUCAGCAUCAUCAGCAGCAUCAGCGAGGACCUCGAGUGCUACUCCAGCAUAGCGCCCGUCUCCGAGGUGAGCAUCACACAGUUCCUGCCUCUCCCGAAGCUGAGCCUGGAGGAGAAGGCCCGGGAGGCGGGCAGCAGGCGCUCCUCCAUCAGCUCCUGGCUGAGCGAGAUGAGCGCGGGCAGUGACGGCGAGCAGUCGUGCCAUAGUUUCAUAGCCCAGACGUGUUUCGGGCACGGGGAGGCCAUGGCAGAGCCCCCAGCCUCCGAGUUUGUCAGCAGCAUCCAGAACACCGCCGUGGUGUGCAGAGAGAAGCCCAAGGCGGGCCCCGACAACCUGCUCAUCUUGUCGGAUGUGGCAGACGACACUUUCAACAAGGCCACUCCCAUCAAAGGCUGCAAAAUAUCGACCCUGGGCAAGGCCAUGGUCACCAUCUCCAACACAGCCAAUCUGAGCAGCUGCGAGGGCUACAUCCCCAUGAAGACCAACAUCACCGUGUACCCCUGCAUUGCCAUGAGCUCCCACAAUGUCCAGGAGACUGAGGCGUCCACCACCGCUCCCAGAACAGCCCCCAGAGCCACGCAGAACCAGGAGAGUCAGGAAGCUGGUACAAAGAAAGAGAUGAAAUUUGAGGACCCCUGGCUGAAGCGCGAAGAGGCAGUGAAAGAUGAAAAUGUGUGUCCCGGUGAAGAAGGGACUCAGUAUGACAGUGCCACGGGCCCCACAAAGCCUGAGGCCAGAGCAGAGCAGGAAGCAGAGAGGAGCCCCGGCCUAGGCGACAGGCUCAGCAGCAGCAGUGGGGAAGUGGCUGCCUCCCCGGGGACCGACAACUGCAGGAGGGUGGUGGAUGGCUGUGAGAUGACUCUGCCUGGCUUGGGGGCCCAGAGCCCCGUGCAUUGCAACAAAGGCCUGAAGUCUAGCAGCCUCCCGAGGGCCUUUCAGAAGGCCAGCCGGCACGAGGAGCCCGACAGCCUCGCCUACCGCUGUGUGGCUGACUCCAGCAGCUUCGGUGCCCAGCCGUCCAAGGCCACCCUGGAGAGGAAGGUGGCUUCACCCAAGCAUGGUGCCCUGGCGCGACCCAAAGGGACCCCACCGCUGCCCCCCGUCCGCAAGUCCAGCUUGGACCAGAAGAACCGGGCUAGCCCCCAGCACAGUGCCGGCACCGGUAGCCCCUCGAGCCAGCCAGCCACCUUCUUGGCCAGCUUCCCCGAAGAGCCAGGCAGCAAGACCAAGGAUGCUAGCAGCAGCAGCAAGCUCUUCAGUGCCAAGCUGGAGCAGCUGGCCAGCAGGACCAACUCACUCGGCAGGGCAACAGGCAGCCACUACGAGUGCCUGUCGCUGGAGAGAGCCGAGAGCCUGUCCUCCAUGAGUGCGCGGAUGCACGCAGGCAAGGACAGCACCAUGCCCCGCACGGGACGGAGUCUGGGCCGCAGUGUGGGGGCCUCGUCCCCCAGCUGUGGCACCACCCAGUCGGCGGGGGCCUCGCCCAAGAACAGCCAGUCCAAGAUCUCAGCUGUGAGCAAGCUGCUCCUGGCCAGCCCCAAGGCGCGCAGCCUGUCCACCUCCUCCACCAAGACCCUCAGCUUCUCCACCAAGUCUCUGCCGCAGUCGGUGGGCCAGAGCUCCAACCUGCCGCCCAGUGGGAAGCACAUGUCCUGGUCCACCCAGUCGCUCAGUAGGAACCGCAGCUCAGGCCUGGCGUGCAAGCUGCCACUGCGUGCAGUGAACGGGCGCAUCUCAGAGCUGCUGCAGGGCACCUCGGGUGCACGGGGCCUGCAGGCCGAGGAGCGCGGGGAGGACAGGCCAGCAGCCACCACGCACCUGCUGCCCUCACCCUACAGCAAGAUCACCCCGCCGAGGAGGCCACACCGCUGCAGCAGCGGCCAUGGCAGCGACAACAGCAGCGUGCUGAGCGGGGAGCUGCCGCCAGCCAUGGGCAAGACAGCCCUGUUCUACCACAGCGGUGGCAGCAGUGGCUACGAGAGCAUGAUGCGGGACAGCGAGGCCACGGGCAGCGCUUCCUCAGCACAGGACUCCAUGAGCGAGAACAGCAGCUCAGUGGGCGGGAGGUGCCGGAGCCUCAAAACCCCAAAGAAAAGAUCCAAUUCAGGUUCUCAGAGACGGAGGCUCAUCCCAGCAUUGUCCCUCGACACCUCCUCCCCUGUGAGAAAACCCACUGCAGGUACCGGGGUCCGCUGGGUGGACGGCCCCUUGCGCAGCACCCAGAGGGGCCUCGGGGAGCCUUUCGAGAUUAAAGUCUAUGAAAUCGAUGACGUGGAGCGCCUGCAUCGGCGACGAGGGGGCACCAGCAAGGAGGUUGUGUGCUUCAACGCAAAGCUGAAGAUUCUGGAACAUCGGCAGCAGAGAAUCGCCGAGGUCCGAGCCAAGUACGAGUGGCUGAUGAAGGAGCUGGAGGCGACCAAACAGUACCUCAUGCUGGACCCCAACAAAUGGCUCCGUGAAUUUGACUUGGAGCAGGUUUUGGAGCUGGAUUCCCUAGAGUACCUGGAGGCGCUGGAGUGUGUGACGGAGCGCCUGGAGAGCCGUGUCAACUUCUGCAAGGCGCAUCUCAUGAUGAUCACCUGCUUCGACAUCACCUCCAGGCGCCGAUAAGGAGAGGCGGGUCUCCCACCCGCUGGUCCCCUCCCGGGGACCUCAGAAAGAUGUCACCCUGACCCGGUCUGUGCUGACGGCACCCAAAGACGAUAGAAUGAGGAUGAAGGUUGGUGGCAAGUCUGCAGUGAGCGGUGAGCGGUGAGCGGAAGGCGGUUUUUCCUUUGCAUUCUGUAGGGAAGGUGCAAACACCGAACAUGUGGAAGGAGAAAGUGAUGGGAAGCCCAAGGGAUGUCGAAGCCCUGUGAGACUGAAAAGCACUUUGAGGAACUUUGAAGAACUUGUUUGUACAUAAGAACUGCUAGCAAAGAGACCUCGCUCUUGUCUUGCUUUGGUGAGAAAGGGGGAGGGUGGAUACAGCAUCCCUGCCAGUGGCAAAAACAAAACGAGGACAACGAGAUGACCCUACAUGACAGAUUAAGUGCCUUGCAAAUCUUUACGAUUAUCCAAACGUGUAUGUUCAUACUCACUGUGUACAGAUGGUGCUAGUCAAGAUGGAAAUAACAAAACCAACAAAAAAGAAAAUCCAACACAUUUUUGCAAUGUAUUUACCGCUCCUUUUUUCUUGGUGUUUUGUCCUAUUGCUGACUUGCUGUUUCUAAGCAAGUUGUGUUUGUAGAGAUAUUUCCUAAUCAGUAUUGCGUAUGAAUAAAUGUUACCUGUCUUUUAUGGUUAUUCUGGUAAGGCCACUCAAACAGAACCCAGAGACUUCAUCUGCAUCAGCCAGCGUGUUUCCAGCGAAGGUUUGGAACAGCGGGUGACGCUCAGUGCCACCUCUGAAGGGCAGCAGGACAGCGAGCAGCCUGGAUGCGGAUGGUGAAGCAGGCGCACACGAGCUUUAGUGUCCAGGAGAGGAGGCAGUCUGCAUCCUUAAGGGAAAGGUUGUCCUUUUUCAGCUGGGCCCCACCCUCUCCUUGGAGGUGGGCUGUUUGCUCCAGUCCUUUCCCCUCCCAUCCGGGGUCUGAUGGUUCUCAAAACACGUUUUUGUUCAUUUCUAUUCCAAAGACUCUGAACAGUAAGCCUGAACCAAUUCAGCACAGCCAUAUGUCUUUGUUUUUGAGUUUUGUGCAUUUAUUGAAGUGGCAUGGGGGCUCUUCAUUUAGAGAUUUCUUGGCUUGGACCUGCUCAGAGGCUCCAAUGGUAUUGGUUUAGAAUGAGGAGGAGGCCUGGGACUGCACAGCUUUUCUGUUGUCCAGAGUCCUGCUUGAAAGCAAGAAGUUCAGUUCUCCCUGGCCCAAAGCCUGUGUGCUACCCAGGGACAAAGCUGGUUCCUCCGGCCAUGGCUCUCAAAGGCAGAGGCUUGCCUCCCUAAAUCUCACAUCCCUGGGUGGGCAGAGCAGAAGUGAAUGAAUCGGAUGUCCAGGUCUUGGGUCCUCAUUCUCAAGUUACAGCAGUUCCCUCAGGAGAAUUCCAUCCUGUUAGGGAUAGAAACCUGAGGCCAGAGAGGUCAACAGCAUCAACUGAUAACAGCAAACAGCUGCAGAGCAUUGUGGGACAACCAGGAGUGCUCCUGUCCAUGGGACAGGGCCCUCUGCUGGAGCCCGUGCAGCCUUCCGGUGACACACUGUUCCAGGGCUCGCACAGAGCACUGCUAACCUCUGCCCUCAGAUGCACACACCUGCCAAGCCCAUUCCAGGCUAGGCCUCUCCCAACCUGCUCCCCCAGGAAGAAGAAUCUUUGCACAUCUUGGUUGUACCUCUAGACACAUGUAGCCCAACACAGCUGACCAAACAGCCAGCGGGGCUCAGCUAGACUCAGUCAGUGGGAACAGAAGGUUUGUGAGUGGCACAGUACUGGUCCUGCUGGCUUGCCUUGGAGGUCAGCCCCAUGUGCUGGAAGCCAGCUCUAUGGAUCAUAGUCUGGCUUUUCACAGUCUAUAAAGUUCUGCUCCUACACUAAGGUGGCUAUGUAAGAGAUGCUCAAAUUGCUCUCAUGUGAACUAAAAUAUGGUCAAAAGCUACUCUGGAAUGGAUCAUGUCCCCCACUCCCCAUACUGCAAGUUUAACAAGUAUGUUGUCUUGGGCAACUCCCCUCAACCCUGAGGAGCAGUCCUGUGACUCUGAGCCACCUCUGGCCUUCUAGUAUGUGCAUGAAGGGGUUUGCUUAACAGCAAUAUUCUGGAAAUGCCAACCCUUCAAAUUUGAGUAUACCGUUUGGCCUCCCUUUUGGAGGGUUUGGACUAAACUACUUGAUUAAAAGCCUUAUUUGGGGGAAUUUCAAAGGUGAGUAUGCCUUGUUUUUUGUUGGAAAUAAAUUCACUUGAUUAGUAUAUUACCUGUGAGCUUGGCCUUUGCCCCUGCCACCUUCUCCCUCAGCCCUGAGGUCAUCAUGCUGCAGUGACUUCCUUAGCAGGCCACUGGAGUGAGACCAAGUGGAUACAUCUACAGAAAUCAGAAACCUCAGACAGUGAAAGCUCUCCUGGGGCAGUGGCUGUCAGCUUGCUUCCUGCCUACAUCUGCUUGAAUACAUUUGUGGCAACUUUAUGAUACAACAAAAGUUUGAAUGACAUGAAGAAUUGCCUAAGUCAGAUUGGCUUCCCAAGAGGCCAACCACAGAAGGUCCCGCAGAAUCCUGCAGGCCUUGGUGUGCAGUUGUGUAUGGGUGUUGUCACACUUUCCCUUUUCUUUCUUUUCCUUUUUUUUUUUCAAACCUAAGUUAUCUGCAAACAUCUUAAUUUAACAAAUAUUGAUAAACCAUGCAUGUGAAGAAACCAAGCAUUUUAUGACAUUAUGCACUUGUUCCUGGCACUGUCAAGGGACUAUACAAACGAUGGUCUUUAAACACAAAGACACAGGUGCAGCCAGCUAUUCUGAAGCUGCCCCAGGAAGUGAAGAAUGCCUCCUCAUGUCCAGAUGUGUGAAGGCUCCAGGUCUCCUGUUGGUUUUGGUGACAGAUAACCCACAAAGGCAAAGGGAACUUCCAAGAACUCAUUUCUAGUCCAUUAUCCGCAAAUGAAAAGACCAUUAAGGUAUUUCUUUGAAACUAACAUUCAGAUGAGUGGGCCUUACUUAAUUCCUUGUCUGAAACCUGCCCCCUGCCCCUGCCCCUGCCCCUGCUCCAGCUAGUUAGUAUGAGGCAGAAGCUUUGGCAGCACAGCAAAACUAAGAUCCAGGAAAGGGGAAUGAGAGACUGUUUCCCCAGGAGUAACCCAUACUACAUUUCAUAAUGGUGUCUCAUGCUGCGAGGGGGCGAUAGUUUGCUUUAUCCCAGGCUUUCAAUCCACGCUUGAGAGCCGGAACCUUUGAUCUCCUUGUCCUUGAAUUCCCCUGGAAAUCAGGGAAGCUGUCUCUCACUUUCAUCUCUUCCUACUUGAAAUCAGCGACCCUGCCUGUUGUUUUAUCUCCAAUUGCUACUCUGAACAUAGAGACCAUGAGAUCCAAGUGCAGAGGUGGAUUCCGUGGUGAUGGAGGUAGGACUCAAACAAGGACCCUGGGCAGGAAAGUGUCCCUGACAGUAGAUACAGGGACUUAAAAAGAAAACAAAAAAAAGCAAAAAGCAAAACCAUACAGCCCAGUGCAGGGAAUUUGGUGGCAGGAAUUUGGCUGAGUGUGUCAUACAUUAGCCUGCAGCUUGGAGUCUGCUGUGCAGUAGGGUGGCAGUGACUUGAUGGAAGCCACAUCUGCUGUCCAGAGUGGUGAUUCAAAAAAUCCUGUGCUUGCUGCAAGGAUUUCCGUUCAGUGUUAUAGAAGGAAAGCACCCGUGCCCACUUGGGUGUGUAUCUCAUGUCCUUAUAAAGCAGCCACAUUUGGGGGCUUCAAAUACUAAUACACACAUCAUUCUGGUGAAUCUACACACCUUCGUCACAGGCAUUUCUAUUCACAGCCCUCUGUCCUUGACUCGGGCCAGAAGGCCAGGCUGGCAGAAGCCCACAGUCCAUUGAGCGCACACACUGUUGCCAGUGCUGUUGGCCAGUGUUGAUUCGUCAUCGAACCUUCCAAAAUAAUGAUGCAUUGAAUGUUUUUAGGUUCUUUGUUCCAUUAGGGAUAUUAGGGUACAAAAUUUUUUCAGAUGAGUUUUUUUCAAAAUUGGAAACAGAGGAUUCCAUGAAUUUAGUCAUUCUUUCCUGUCCGAAAAUUAUUAGCCCAUUGUGGGUAUGUGCAAAAGUAUUUACUCACUUUUGAAGGCAGUAUCUCUAAACCCUGAAACCAGGCCAGUCAAAAACACGUCGGAAGUCCUGAGGUUACUGGUGGGUACUGAUGAAACCAUCCACUGCUGUUGUCCCUGGGGCCUCUCUGCCGCCACCUGGGCUGUGUAACCCAGCUUUGCACGUGUGAGGGACAUCGGUGCAGGGACAAAAGCCCAGUGGAACCCACUGUUCUCCAUGCCAAGUGAGACGAAGCUGGGCACUCAGUUUCACUGAUGCUGCCAGGAAAUGGGUCUAAAAUAUUUUUUUGCCAGGUGGUAGAAAUAUACUAUUCCUCUGGAUUAUAGUAUCUCUUUCGCCUCCUCUGGAAGGUAUCUGUCACCAUGUGUGGGUAAAAAUUCAUAAAGCAUCACUUUUCAGUCUUCCUGACAAAGUAAUAUGCUUCUCAGUUACAAAUUGUUCAUUAUUUCCACAAUAAUAAAAGCAGAAUUCCAACCCAGGUCAAGCUAUUAAACUGUAAGCUUAUAGCUUCAGAAAAAGUUUGAACAUUCCUAUGAGCUAAUUUAGUCAUCCCUAAACAAACACAUUGUGCUUUUGAGUGGCCUUCCUCGGAACUGGAUCUGAAGCUGUGUCAAGACUUCACUGCAUCUAAUUAACAGUCCACCAGGCAGCCAGUCCCAGUGUCCACGUGUGUAGAGGGCCAGUCGGUACCGGGCGCAGACAGGAUUUUACGAGCCCCAUCCCUUUGUUUCCCACAUUAUUCUGUUCAGUUUAUAAAGCUAUCAUUUAUUUGCAAACCACGAUGUUGCUUUAUUGAUCACACUGCCUGUGUUUUACAGCAGUGGUGGUUCACUAACCACAGUGCACUGUUUGUAUCAUUGAAAGCUCUAAAAGGUUCACCAGCACUGUUUUCGAGUUUAUUUACACUUCAUGGCUGAUGGUUGGAAAUGUUCUCCACAUGCUAUGCAUUUAAGUGUGAGCUUGGUAGAUCUGUCCGUGGCUAUGUUUCUUCUGUUUUUGUCACUCUAUCAAAGUCUGUUAGCACAGACAUAGGCUAAGGGGAGGGGAGAAUAAAUAAAUCAGGAGAACAGGGAUUAGGGUCCAAUUCUCAAAGUACAAAGCUUAGUGCAAAAUCUCAGCUGUUUCUAUAGUAAGUAGCCAAAGGGGAAAAGAUCUUUCCCUUUGAAUUUGAUGAUAAUGAGCUUGGAAAUCAGCCUCCACAGGCCUGGGUGGAAGAGGAUCCAGCCUCUUCCUACUGGUUCAACACUAAAUUCUUGAGAAAAGUGCUACAGCAUUACUACAUUCCUACAUUUCUGCAAGAUCUGACACCACUCCAUGCUACUGAAGGGGGCUGGGCAGGUGGCUGGAGGUCCUUACCUUGGAUAUAUAGCAUAACUGGGUUUUUUUCUGGAGAAACCAAAGCACUUUAGUGAGUCUUACAGCCAGUAAAACUGUAGUACUUAGGGCAUCCUGUCCCCUCAGCAGAUCUCUGACAGGCAGAGAGGGCUUGGGGCCAGGAGAUUCAUUUGAGAGAUGGCUAAGACUGAGAGGAAAACCCUUGGGCUAGGAGUGGGGAACCCAGGUGCUAAACCUGGCUCCUGCUCCAUCAUUAGCUGUGCAACCUUGGACAAGUGGCUUCAUUUUGCUGGGCCUCAGGCUCCAUGGGGGAAGGUUGGAGCCAUAAAGCUGCCUUUCUGGGAUAGUGUCAAGAGAAAAAGAUGGUGGAACCGACAUGCUUCAAAAAAUGAAAGCCCUCUACAGGAGCUGGGAGAGCCAUCUAUAGAUGAAGAAACUAACAUCAACAGUCAUCGAUUGGCCCAAAUUCAUGGGGCAGUUUUAUAGCAGAACUGGGCUUGAGUCCAGCAUACCGGGCUCUUCUCAUUAGUAAGAUGGCAUUGUACCACGUGUAUGUGUACAUGAGCGCACACAUCACUCCUCUGUACCAAUGUGUGUGUACAUAUGGGAUGUGUGUGUACAGAAGGUGCAUGACACGGAAGAACAUGGGACAGAAAACCUGAGUUCUAAUUCCAGUUUCUACACUAGACCUGUGUAGGGCCUGGGAUAAAUUACCAGCUUCUCUGAACUCAGUUUUCUAAUCUGUAAAAUGAGGACAUUGUGCUAAAGGACUUUUGCGGUCCCUUCCAGCUCUGGCUCUGUGGUUUCAUGAUUAGUAAUGUAUGUAUGUAUAUAUAAAUAUGCUCAUCUGUAGAAAUGGGCCCAUGUGAAAACUGGAGACAAAGCCUGCCCAAGUGCAUUUAUUGUGUUGGAAACAGUGAAUUCACAAACAAGUUCAUAAAAUCUUGUGUUGUUUUCUUUAAAAACUCAAUGGUAGUAUUGAUAUCAUUGUUUUAAGUUCACUGUUUAACUGGAGAGAAGAUUGGUGCUGUUUUUAAAAUUAAAUUCUUAGCUUACAAGUGUUUGCUGUUAAAUUAAAAAAAAAUGAAGUACAUUUGUCAUGGUCAGAAAUUCAACUAUUCCAUUCUUGGGCAGAUUCCAGCAGCCUAUCUGCAGGCUGGCUUUUGUGUAUGGGCCUUUACAUAGCUAUGUAAAAGUAAGCUGUUGGCUUGAUCAUGAUAAAUAUGAGCAGGCUACCUGGAGAAAAGUCUAGAAAAGAGAGUUAUAUAGUUCUCACAAACCGGUGACAUGAAUUCAUUAAGCUGUGUCCCAUUUCCCAUGUGAAGACAUUGUUUGCUGGCUACGAUCUCUGACUUUGUGACAUAUGAGGUGUAAAAUGUUGUCAAAAAACAAAAAAAGAAUCUGGUGUUUUAAAGAAUCAAACUAUGGUGGCAUUAAAUGUUCACUUUUAUUCUA